AUGGCCGUCAUGUCUGUCGCCGGCCGGCGCAUCAUGUACUUAGUAACAUUGCUUCUUGUUCUAUGUAGUACCGGUGUGUUCUCAGUUCCGACACCUAGUGGCUCGGGUGGCAGCACAUCAACCAAACCAUUUGGUACUUGCAAGUCUAUUCAAAAGAGAAAAGAAUGGCGAUCUUUGUCGAACACUGAAAAGUUCCAAUUUCUUUAUGCUAUGAACUGUAUCUUGUCUAAGCCAGGAAGGACUCCAGCAAGCAUCUAUGCUGGUGCCAAAACUAGAUAUGAUGAUUUAGUCGCCACCCAUAUCAACCAAACCUUCGAAGUUCACUAUGUCGGUCACUUCUUGCCAUUCCACCGCUAUUACACCUGGACUAUGGAGAAAAUGCUCCGUCAAGAAGCCGGUUAUACAGGUACAUUCCCGUACUGGGACUGGCAUAGAGACGUUGGACAGGGUAACACCAAGUUCUUUUCCUCUCCUAUCUGGGACGCAAAUCUCGGGUUCGGUGGAAACGGUGCCUAUCUCCCAGUCCCAGCCGCACAGGCAGCUUUCGCAGUUCCUGGACGUACCGGCGGCGGUUGCGUUACUACUGGUGCUUUCAAGAACAUGGUUGUCAAUCUCGGUCCCGGAAAUGAUUUCAGUGGUAACGGCGCUCGCUGCUUGUCUCGUGAUAUGAGCCCUUACUUCUCCGGUCGUUAUCUCUCAAAGAACCAAACCAAGGUUACCCUUGCGGCCAAGAAUUUCUAUGAAUUCGAUGUUAUUGUCGAAGGUGGUCCAUCCUUCGAGGCUUCUGGUAUUCAUGGUGGUGGUCAUUACGGCAUUGGUGGUACUUUGGGAAUAAUGGGUGAUCUUUAUGUCAGCCCUGGAGAUCCGGCUUUCUGGAUUCAUCAUUCCAACCUCGACCGCGUCUGGUGGUCCUGGCAAAAGCUUAAGACCGCUAACAUGCAAGACUUCGGAGGUCCAUCUUGUCUCAUGGACUAUUACAAGCCAGGCGAAACUCAAAAGUGUGCCAAUGCCACUACCGACAUGCCGCUCAACUUGGGAUACGCCGACAUGAUCAAGGCCAACGUUGGUGUUAAGGUCAAGGAUGUCAUGAACAUCCGUGAAAUGUGCUACGACUACGACUUCCUCCUUGAUAUAAACGGCAACGACUAUCCCAAUCCUCUCUAA